AUGGUAGAGGGGAACAUUAAGAAUUCGAUUGAGCUUCAAGCCCUUGCGUUUGAACAGAAAGAGGAAGGAAAAACUGAUCUGGCCGAGUUCCUAGUCAAUCGAACUCCUAGAGCAGUUGCUGAUAUGAUGCAAUCUACAUGGGAGAUAGAGGAAGCAAAAGCUAAAUUGGAGAGAGAAAAGAAAACAAGAAUGGAACUGCUACAGGAGGCAAGACAGAGUGAAUGUGCACACAGUUGUAAUGGCGAUUGGUUAAGUUGUGCUGAAGAGAUUCUUCACAAUAAUGGCUUAUCAGUAGAGUACUUUGGCGAAGUCAUACACAAUCUAUUAAGCAAGGGCCGAGGGAAGUUCCAAAAUAUAAUGCUAACAGGUCCAGCAAAUUAUGGGAAAACGUUUCUCCUCAACCCUCUCACACUUAUUUUCAACACCUUUUGCAACCCAGCUUCGGGCACUUUCGCAUGGAUUGGGGGUGGAAACAGCUGA